AUGACUACAACAACUAAAGGAGCAACAAUUACAACAGCAACUGUUAUAACAACUACAACUACAACAACAACAGCAUCAACAACAAUCACCGCCACCAGAAAAAUUAGAAAACGAAGCCACGUGUGGCAAUCCUACACAGGCAACUGGCAGCUUAUAAGAAGAACUACAAUCAGCGCACCUAGGUACGUCUCUGGCUACCAGACACCCCGGCAGAACGGUGGCAGUCAGAACCCCACUAACUCUGGCGGAAGCCGGACAGUCGUCCACACCACUGGACAGAUCCCCUCCAGGACGUCCAUCCACACCACCGGACAGGUCAUCAGGCAGAACAUCGCUAGAGGAUCGGUCCAGACCUCCGCCCUGAACAGUCCCAGGACUGGGGUGAUCUCCUACCAGCAGAUACUGUCCAGACAGAACCCUUCAUCGUCAUCAUCUUACAGCUGUAGGUCCAGGGGGUGUGACUAUAGAUGUCAGGUCGGAAGCAACGGUCAGGUCCAGUGUAUCUGUCCACCAGGUUAUAGACUUGGUACAGACCAGAGGAGCUGUGUAGAUGUUGACGAGUGUAGUCGAUAUCCUGGUCUUUGUCAGCAAGGAUGCCAGAAUACUCUUGGAGGAUACCGCUGCAUCUGCUCAAGUGGGAUGCUUACUGCUAACAGGAGGACAUGCUCUGGGGGAUGCCAGAGCUGUAAUUCCAACAUCAGACCCAAUCCAAGACCCGAUCCGAGACCAAACCCGCAGCAGAACCCAAGACCGUACCCGUUUCCCAAUUCAAACACCAAUUCCAAUCUUAAUCCAAACCCCAACCCAGGAUCGUCCUGCCCACCCGGUUUUGUGCAGAGGAGAACUGCAGAUGGCAUUCAGUGUGUUGGAUAA